CCAAUGUUGUCAUUACAGCAAUGUUAUUAUCAGAGGCAUGACAAUCCUGGCUCCUCUUAAUGCACCAAAUACUGAUGGUAUAGAUCCAGACUCGUGCACCAAUGUAUGUAUUGAAGAUUGUUAUAUUGAGAGCGGGGAUGAUCUAGUGGCAGUAAAGAGUGGAUGGGACCAGUAUGGCAUCGCCAUGGCUCUUCCAAGCUCAAACAUCAUAGUGAGGAGAGUUUCCGGCACCACCCCAACUUGCUCUGGUGUUGGAAUAGGUAGUGAGAUGUCUGGAGGGAUUUUUAAUAUAACUAUAGAUCAUUUACAUGUCUGGAAUUCAGCGGCCGGUGUGCGUAUAAAGACUGACAAAGGUAGAGGGGGAUAUAUUGCAAACAUUAAGAUAAGUAAUAUAACAAUGGACAGAGUGAAGGUACCCAUAAGGUUCAGUAGAGGCUCUAAUGACCAUCCUGAUGACAGAUGGGAUCCCAAAGCUGUUCCUAAGGUUAAGGGUAUUUACAUUACUAAUGUUGUCAGCGUAAAUUCAACUAAAGCCCCAGUUCUACAAGGCAUCAAAGAUGCGCAAUUUGAAGAAAUCUGCAUGAAAAAUAUUAGUCUAUUAGGCCUAGCUGCAUCUGCAACGUGGCAAUGUGAGUUUGUUUCAGGUUUUACCAGUCAGGUGUUCCCUUCACCAUGCCCCCAGUUACAUAAAAAUGGCACUUCUUCCUGGUGUUCAUUUUCCUGAGCUUCUUUGGAUGGUUUCAGAUUAAGCAAACGAAAAUUUAGGUUCGAACUCUCGAGUUCAAUGGGUUUGCAUUCAGGAAUGAAGUUUGCUUACAGCAAAAUGGACUGGAAUGUGAACUAACAUUUGGGCAUUGAAUGCUCGGAUUUGUUGGAGCAGAGAAAGUGAAGUUUUUUUAUCUUUAGAUGGGAUGCUAAUGAGCUUGAUAAAGCACUGGUCGUGGCCUAGAAUUCUGGCAGAAGCCUGAUUUUACUUGUUCAAGUCGGCUAGCUGGUGUGGAAAGGUUUGUCAAUGGAUACUAUGUGUGUUGCAUGAUGAGUUUCUGGAUUGGUAAAUAUUUACCUGACUCGAACUGAUUCUGUACAUGCAAUUUCGAGAUGCGUAAAUGAGGCUUAUAGGUCCUAGCUAAGCGAGAGUGAAUAAAAGGAGAAGGAAAGUGCAGAUGUAUAAAGAAUACAUGUAAACAGAAAUUGAGAUUGAAUUUAGUGAUAUGAUAUAAAAAUUUUAAUUUUC